CGCAGUCAGGAAGUUGCGCAGUGAACUCACAGACUCUGUCAGUCACAAUCACACUGGUGUAUUAUUGUGAAGACUCUGGUCUGAUUCGGUAGAGUUUCCCGUGGUUCGGGGGGUAACCGGUGUAGAUCUCCUGCUGCGGCUCCAGGUCCAGGUCCAGGUGACGGUGUAACGGAUCAGCAGCAUGGCGGACGGUCCAGACGGUCCAGAGGCUGCUGCUGACGAGCCGCCCAGUAUCACCUUCCCUCCUCUCAUCACUGUGUCUGAUCUGCCCAGUGCCACCGCUGCAGGCCGUAACCUGAAGGAAUGGCUCCAGGAGCAGUUCUGCGACAAACCUCUGGAGCAGGAUGACAUGAGGCUGCACAACGCAGCCUACGUCGGAGAUCUGGACACCCUGAGGAACCUGCUGCAGGAAGACAGCUUCAGACGGCGCAUCAAUGAGAAGUCUGUCUGGUGUUGCGGCUGUCUGCCCUGCACCCCUCUGCGGAUCGCAGCCACAGCAGGACACGCCGCCUGCGUGGCCUAUCUGAUCGCACAGGGAGCCGUGGUGGACCUGGUCGACGUGAAAGGUCAAACGGCCCUCUACGUGGCCGUGGUGAACGGUCACCUGGACUGCGUCCGCAUCCUCCUCGAAGCCGGAGCCAAUCCCAACGGAAGUCGCCACCACCGCAGCACGCCGCUGUACCACGCUGCACGGGUGGGAAGGCUGGACGUACUGCAGGAGCUCAUCAGGUUCAAUGCUGAUGUAAACAUGGACCACCAGCUGGGUCCCCGGCUCCUCUUGAGUGCUCGCACCCUCAACACUCUGGUGGUGUGUCCUCUCUACAUCAGCGCCGCCUACCACCACCUCCACUGUUUCCGGCUGCUGCUCCAGGCCGGCGCUCAGCCUGAUUUCAACUACACGGGGCCCGUCUGCCAAGAGGCUCUGAGCCGCGGCCUGGCCUCCUGCCUGCUGGAUGCUGUGCUGCGACACGGCUGCGAGGUAGCCUUCAUCCACCUGCUGCUGGACCACGGGGCCAACCCGGACCUCGCGCCCUGGGACGGCUUAGAGCUGGAGGCUCCUAAUCGGAGGAAGGUGGAUCCGGAGGCGCUCAGGGUCUUCCUGGAGGCGAGGAUGCUCUCUCGUGUAACUCUCCCUGUAACUCGUGACAUCCUCCAGAGACAUUAAGACAAUUACAAGUGUGAUCGAGCUCUGGAUAGGGACAUUUGUUAUCGUUGUGAAGCUGAUAAAUGUGCCAAGAUGUCAUGGAGAAAACCACAAUUUGGUGAAAACCCAACUGGCCCCCAAUGGAACAUGCAGAGCCUGGGAACCCCGACUGGAAGCAAACGGUGUUGCUUUCUGAAAAAGCAGAAUUGGGCAGGAUUAAAGAUUUUCUGCAAACAUGUUGCAAAGAAUUAUUCUCUUUUCAAAGUAAAAGAAAAGCCUCUGAAACUUUAAAUAUAAUCUAAUUUAGGCUCUCAUGGGACAGCUAAAUUAUCCAUUAGACAAAUGAAUGAGAUUUAAACAUUUAAAGUUAUUUAAAUUAAAUAACUACAAAAUAAAAUCAGUGCUUGAAGGUGAAGUUUGUGUGCAUGCCAUUGCACAGAAAUGUCACAUGGGGUCUCUAGAUGGCACUGUCUUCCUUUCAAGCAUGGCAGACAUCUCGUUGUCUCCCAUUGUCUCUCCUUCCCUUACUCUGUCUUUCCUUUUCUGUUUCUCUUUCUUUCCCAUCUCUUCCCUUUGUUUGUCUCUCUUUCUUUCUUGUACCUCUUCUUUUCUUUUCUUCCUUUUUUCUUUCCUCUGCCAGCCUCUUCUGAGUUGGCUUCGGAGGACUGAGCCGUGGACCUCAGCAUGUGUCCUCAAGAGCCUCAUCCCUUCAGAACUCAUUGAAGCUAGUCUUUCAUUAACAGAACACACACACACACACACACACCAGUGCAGAGUGAAGCAGAGAUUGGACAGUUUGGUAAACCACUAUCUUCCUGUGGGGAGUUUCCAUUGCGAGAGACUUCUCUUUCAAGUCAAAUUUAUUUUAUGUUCCAAUUUAUUUAGGACGGCACCCUGCAGAGUUAUUAGAGAUUUCACAUGAAGACUUUUAUUCCACAAUGACCUGUCACUAUACAGAAGCGGCUAAAUGCUAAAACAUCAGCAAAUUAUAUUUUAUUGGCUGCUUUGUACAUGAAAACUUCAAAUCAUGAUCAGCGCUAACAGUAUUUAUAUGCUGAAGUGAUUCCCUUUGGUCAUGCCUUCGCAACGAAAGAAAAACAGACCGAUGGUAAAAAAGGUUUAUUUCUCCAGAAAAUCACCGAGAGCCUGGAAAAGCUGAAUGGUGUCGUUCAUUCCUGACUUUAUUUGCACCGCAAACUGCAAUCAAAAACUCAACAGCCUCUGCUAAUUCACCGCAGUGUUCCGCUUAAAGUGGGGACCAGCAUGCAAAGAGAUGUUAAAUGCAGUGCAGCUCGCUUCAUGAGGCGACCACAGCUUUUAGACGUGGAUUAAAGGUUGUUUCCGUGGAUCUGGUGUUUUCCUAUAAAAUCCUGCUUGUGUGUGUGUGUGUGCGUGUGUGGUAACAAAAUAUAUAAACCCUGUUUGUGU